UCGAUGUGAAGUCAUAAGGUUGCGUCGCGCUCCUGCAUCUAUUGUGAUUCUGCUGAAGAAGGCAGGACAGAGUGUCUAAACACACAGAAAAACUCCUGGUGAAGCAAAUGAGAUUCUUGUGACACACUAUUAUAAAGAUGGCGUUUAUUAAAGAGGAGAGUGAAGACAUGAAGAUUGAAGAAACAUUCAGUUUGAAACAUGAAGAUGCUGAGGAACAAACAAAGAUGGCGUUUAUUAAAGAGGAGAGUGAAGACAUAAAUACUGAAGAAAGAUCCGGUGUGAAACAUGAAAAUCCUGAGGAACAAACAGACCUGACGGCAUUAAAGGAGGAGAGUCAAGAACUCAAUGAAGUGGAAGAGAAAAAUCAGAAUGAGAUACAUCAUGAUUUCGUAACUGGAGAAAAAUCCACACAGACUGAAAAGAAUUCCUCACGAAAAAGAGCCCAGAAGACCAAAUCUAACAGUUCUAAUCCAACACUAAAACAAAACCUUGAAAUCCCCAGGAGAGUUCACACUGGAGAGAAGCCUUACACCUGUAAACUGUGUAGGAAGAGCUUCUCACAAAAAGAAAGUUUUAAGAUUCACAUGAGAAUUUGCACAGAAGAGAAGCUGUUUGAAUGUGUUCAGUGUGGAAAGAGUUUCAAAUGUAAAGAAAAGCUUAAUUACCACAUGAGGAUUCACUCAAGAGAGACUUGUUUUAGAUGUCAUCAGUGUGGAAAGAGUCUCCAAUCAAAUAAAAAACUUACAGCUCACAUGAAAAUUCACACAGGAGAGAGGCCUUUCACCUGCAAACUGUGUGGGAAGAGCUUCUCACAAAAAGGAAAUAUGAAGACUCACAUGAAGAGUCACGCUGGAGAGAAGCCGUUCACAUGUGUUCAGUGUGGAAAGAGUUUCACACGUAAAGGAGCCCUUAAUUCCCACAUGAGUCUUCACACCGGAGAGAGCCCUUACAACUGCAAAGUGUGUGGGAAGAGUUUCACAUUAAAGGGAAAUCUCAACACUCACAUGAGAAUUCACACUGGAGAGAGGCCGUUCAUAUGUGUUCAGUGUGGAAAGAGUUUCAGAUGCAAAGAAACACUAAAGUACCACAUGAAUAUUCACUCAAGGGAGAACUGUUUUAUAUGUCGGCAGUGUGGAAGCAGUUUCACAGACAACAAUCACCUUAAGAAGCAUGUAACGACUCACACUGGAGAGAAGCCAAACAUGUGCCAUCACUGUGGAAAGAGUUUCACAAUCAAAGCAUUGCUUAGGAAACACACAAGAGUUCACACCGGAGAGAAGCCAUUCACCUGCUCUCAGUGUGAAAAGAGUUUCAGAUUUAAAGUAAACCUUCAGACUCACAUGAGAGUUCACUCCGGAGAGAAGCCUUACACAUGCCAUCAUUGCGGCAAGAGUUUCAGAUUUAAAGGAAACUUUAACAGUCACAUGAGGCGUCACGUAUCUUCAGUGUGAGAAGAGAUCCAGAUAUCAAAGAGACCUCAAACAUUUACAAAAUCAUCAGGGAAAGAAAUUGCAGUUUUUAGAGUGUGGCAAGAGGUUUAUGAAAUAAAGCCAUUUCAAAAAUCA